AUGACGACCACCCCGCCGCCGUCGUCUGCCAUCCGGACUCCUCCCACUCCUCGCUAUGGCCCUCGGUAUGAUACAUACGAGCCAUACUCUCCUCGCCGUUCUAAACGCAUUGCAGACCAGCAACACUUGCUUAGUGACUCUGCUGCAGCUCUAGACGCGAGUGCCAAUGAGCUCUUUAAAGAACACAACUUAAGACGCGACCAGGAGCUACGCCAGCUUGGCGUCAGUGACAGAGCAACCUUUUCUCCUCCACAGUCACAACACAAUUCUCCUAAGCGAAAAAGUGAAAGACAAAACAUGAACACCCGUUCCUCCCUUUCACCUCAGCCAAAGAACAGAGUCAAACCUGAUCCUGCUUCUUCUUCACAUCCUCCUUCCAAGAGCACUAUGAAUACCAAUAUCAACAACAGCUUAGCUGCCAACGGGAUGCUUCCUACGCCAGCGAAAACUCCUCGAAAGAAAAAGAUCGAAGAUCUCGGAUCUACAGCUCGUACCUUGUUCCCUAGUAGUUCCAAGUCAGAAGACCUGGGCACCAUGGUACCAAAACGCUCAAGAAGCAAGAAGUAUAGUGGCUUCUCACUUGAAAGCUUCGAGGCCGAUCCUCAGCGGGCAAACCAACAGCCAAUAUCUAUUUUCACUGACUCCAGAGAUCGCAUUCCCCAAGUGAACAAUAGCUUGGACAACCCUUUCCGAAGCAAAUCUGCUGAUCCUGAGCCAUCAUCCUCAAAACUUUUGUCAGACAGUACCAAACGCAGGAAAGUCGAGGAUAAUAGCUAUAAACGGGACAAGAAUGUGGAUAAAGCCAUACGUCGAGACGAUGGGCUACUCUAUGUUUUCCGAGGAAAGAAAAUAUUCCGCAAAUUCAAGCCGGAGACAGAGGAGGAUGAGGAAGAUGACGAUGACUUGGGUCUUUUGGCAUCUCGCAGCGAACUCACCAAUGAGUCCAAACCCCGCAUUCGGCCUCUGACUCGUUCAUCUAUCAAACCUCGUGUUCUGUUCCCUGAAGCUACCGCUGCUUAUAACCGUGAGGAAGAAAAAGAGCCCAGCACCCCUUCAACUAUCGUUGAAGUGGAGAAAGAGCAGACAGAUAUUAUCAGCCAUCCAGUCAUCGCUAGCACGGAGGUAGAAUCAUCGGACAAUCCAAUUACGCCUCAAGAACAGACUACCAAUCCUAAAACCCCUUCCUCCCCAACCGCUACCGGACGCUCCCUCCGUUCUCACACCAUUAGGGCAGGCUCUGACCCCGAAGCCGAACGCCGUGACCCCGAGACUCCAGCUGCAAAGCGCUUCAGUCCAUUUGACAGAUGGUGGAGAGGCAAAUCCCACACCACUCCCACAAAGACGAAGAAGAGAGGCAUUGACGGCCAAUCUGGCCCUGCCUCGAAGAAGUCUCGCAGCCACUAA